GAUUUUUAAUUUUCAGAAAAUAAAUAUUUUUGUAUUUGAAUUCAAGAUCAAAUAUAUUUGCUGUAAUUAACGUGAAUAAAAAAACUAGUUAAAAAAUGUUAAAAUUUUUUGUUUAUUGUUAAGGCUAAUAAAAGUGAGACAAUGUAGUUUUGAAAGCGGCACUAAAAAUUAAAAUAAAUUUUGUCCCUCAUUAGAAUUUUGACUUUCUUUUUAUCAGUUUUGUUUGAUGUUAAUUAGGUAAACAAACCUGAUUUUAGGUUUACAGACAAAACAUUUAUUUUGGGAAUUAAUCCCUUAAACUAAUUUUUUUGAUUUUUUUUAUAAGGAGGUUAUUUUUUUCAUCUUUCAGAAGUUUCUGGGUUUAACGGAGGGUUUCUACGUCUCUAAUAAUUUCUAAUAGAGUGCAGGAAAUUGUUCAAUUGAAGAACAUUGUUUCUGAAAAAAAUGAGUCAUUUUCUGAGCAAAUUGGGAAACAUUAGCAAGAAACCGUUGUUCCGUCUGGUGACGGUUGCUGCUUUGGGUUCAGGAGUUUUGUAUUCGAAUGCAAAUAAUGAUUCCUGUUCUGAAGAUAUCAGAUUUCAUGUUUCUUUAUCACUUACGACUAGACAGGACUUACUGUUAGUGCCAUGGUGUGUUCCACUAUUUUCUUUUGGGUCCUUGUUGCCUGCUGUGGGAAAAGAUCCCUUUCCGCUGCAUUUUUCUAGAGUUGCACCUGCUACCGGUUCUUCAGCUGAUACAGACAGUCAAUUCCCUACUGAUGGGUGCUCCAAUUGUUCACGAUGUUUUACCAGAGACACCAUAGCUAAUGCAGCUGCCAAGGUUGGCCCAGCUGUUGUCAAUCUGUCUGUACCAAAGGGAAUCUAUGGUGUAACAAUGGGAAAAAGUAUCGGUUCAGGAACCAUUAUUGAUCCGGAUGGUACUAUUCUGACUUGUGCCCAUGUGGUUGUUGACUUUCAGGGAGUGAGAGCUUCAUCGAAAGGGAAUAUUGAGGUGACAAUGCAAGAUGGUAGAACAUUUGAGGGCACAGUAGUGAAUGCAGAUUUACAUUCUGAUAUAGCAAUUGUAAAGAUCAAAACAAAAACAUCAUUACCUGCUGCAAAACUUGGUGUAUCUAAUGAACUUCGUCCUGGAGACUGGGUGAUAGCAUUGGGUUGUCCUCUAUCUCUUCAAAAUACUGUGACAGCAGGUAUUGUAAGCUGUGUCGACAGAAAAAGCAGUGAUCUGGGACUUGGUGGAAUGAGAAGAGAAUACUUGCAGACAGACUGCCCCAUCAAUGUGGGUAACUCAGGAGGGCCUCUUGUUAAUAUGGAUGGUGAGGUGGUUGGUGUCAAUAACAUGAAAGCAUUAGCUGCUGAUGGUUUGAGCUUUUCUGUGCCAAUUGACUCAGUCAUUAAAAUCAUAGAUCACUUCAAGAAAAGAGGAAGAGUUGUUCGACCUUGGCUGGGACUCAAAAUGAUUGAUCUCAAUGCACUGAUCAUUGCUCAACUUAAAGAGAGAGAUUCAUCAUUUCCUAAUGUUGAUAGAGGUGUUCUUGUCCCAAUGGUUACUCCAGGCUCUCCUGCUGAUUGUGCUGGAUUCCGGCCUGGCGAUGUUGUCACAGAGUUUGAUGGAAAACCCGUUGGAAGUAUAAAGGAGAUCAUUGACUUGAUGGACGAUAAAGUGGGGAUACCAAUAAAGGUGGUUGUGAAACGAGCCAUGAAUGCUGUGACGACAUUGACUGUGACUCCGGAAGAAGCGAAUCCUGAUAUGUGACUUCGAUGAAGCACACUCAUAGGCUUAACUAUUGAAAAAUUUUGCUUAAAAAUUUCCAUAAAUUAUACUUAACUACAAAAGUAAUAGCUCAUCUGUAAUUGGCUAAGGUCAGCUUUGUUCGCUGUUAGUAAUGACGAACAAGAGAAAAAAAAUUACUUUGUUAGCAGUAAGUAACAUCGAACAAAAGAGAGACAGUGUCAUAACGUUUGAAGGAACAAAAAAAAAAUGGUCUAAUCCUGUUAUCAACAACGAACAAGCAUUACGUUAUAAUAACAAUAUCUUUUUUUGUUUGUUGUUAAAUUUUAUUUUCUCUUGUUUGCUAGUAGUAACAACGAACAGCUUGACCUUAGGCUCGUACAUGAAGACUCUUAUUUGAAAAUCAAAAUUUUCAAAGCUUAUUUUAGGAAUUCUUUUAUAAAAAAACUUAUUUUAUUCUA